UCGAAACAACAAAAGGCGGUGGCCUUAUCAAAAGUCAUUAUUUCCUGUUUGUCAUAUUGACAAGUUUUCUGUUCUUCAAAAAAUAGCUAAUGAAGAAGAAGAACCUUCUUAAACCUCUCCAAAAUCCUCCAUCGAAAUGCCCCCAGUCACUCCCACCACUGUCUCCACUCAUGGACUCACCCCAAACACCAACCCCUUCCCUUUCUCUCUUCCCCACAACACCCCAACCCCAUCACCACAAGCAACUAUUUUCCUUCCUCAAAGCUCACCUGACCCACCAACCCUUAACCGCCAAAACCCUCCUUCACUUCCUCAAAACUAAGCUUCACCAUCACCCCAUUUUCACCCACUAUGACUUCCAAGUUUUCUCUUGGGCUUCCACCGUUGACUCUUUCCGUCAUGAUCACUCUACUUACCUGUGGAUGGCUCAUUCCUUAGCUUCCUCUCACCGUUUCUCCCUGCUUCGUUCUCUCCUUAGUUUUAUAGUUGCCAAUCCUUGCCCUUGCUCUCCAGGUAUCUUCUCUUGCCCUCAGAUAGAACCCCUUUUUCGUUUCGUUAUCGAUGCGUUUUGUAGGUCUAGGAAGUUGAGUGAUGCUGUUUUUGCUUUUGAAACCAUGAAGAAAUUGAUCGAUGGAAGGCCUAGUGUCGUUAUUUAUAAUGUUAUGAUUAAUGGGUAUUUGAAAAGUGGGGAUUUUGAUAACGCUUUGAGGUUUUAUGAGAGGAUGGAAAAGGACAGAGUGAAACCAGAUGUGUGUACAUUUAAUACUUUGAUUAGUGGUUAUUGCAGGAAUGGGAAGUUUGAAUCAGGAUUGAAGUUGUUUAAAGAAAUGAAGGAGAAAAGCUGUAGGCCUAAUGUGGUUAGUUUUAAUACUUUGAUUCAAGGGUUUUUCAGAGAAAGGAAGGUUAAGGAAGCUAUUGAGAUGGCAAACGAGAUGACUCAAUCAGGGUGCCAAUUUUCGACAGCGACUUGUGAGAUUUUGGUCAAGGGUUUGUGUAAGGAAGGCCAGGUUCUGGAGGCAUCUGACAUGAUCGUUGAUUUCUGUAGGAAGGGACUUUUGCCGAAGGGGUUUGAUUGUUGUGGUUUGGUUGAAGAGCUUUGUGGUAAAGGCAAUGCUGGUAGGGCAUUUGAGGUGGUUAAUGAGUUAUGGAUGAAAGGAGAUGUUCCAAGUUCGAUUGCGUGUACCACUUUGAUUGAAGGUUUAAGGAGAUCCCAGAGAAGAGAAGAUUCAUUUGGAUUGAUGGAAAAAAUGCUUAAAGAUGGUAUUGUUCCAGAUAUCCUGACUUUUAAUUAUCUUAUACAAGAUCUUUGUGAUUUGGGAAGAACAAUGGAUGCAAAUAAAUUUAGAUUAUUGGCUUCAGCAAAGGGUUUAGAACCAGAUGAGGUGACUUAUAACAUUUUGGUGUAUGGAUAUACAAGGGAUGGGAGAAGAAAGGAAGGUGAAAACUUGGUGGAUGAGAUGUUGGAUAAAGGAUAUAUACCUGAUAUUGCUACAUAUAAUAGGUUGAUGGAUGGACUCUCCAAUUCUACAAGUUCCAAAUUGGAGAAAGUUAGUGCCAUUCAUAGGUGAGUACGAGUUGUGAAUAUUGAUAUCAGAGCCCAAAUUUAUCUCAGAUUUUCUGGUUUUCUUAUCAACGGAGAGGAAGAAUUUUUUUCUUUGAAAAGUUUAAUUGGCAUUUGAUUGAUUCAGGACCGAUGUUAUAAGUUGAUUUAGAGAAGGAAAGACUGCAUUAUUUACUUGUAAAAACUAGCAUGACAAGCACUGGUAGUUCAAGGAAGAACAAGAGUUUGCAAGCAAUGUGCUGUGAAAUUCACUUUAGUGCCUGAUAAGUGAAGUCAGUUGGUGCAGGCAAUCUUCUGCUUCGAACUGCAAGGGGGAAUCCGUUGAUCAAAAGCAAUCUUCCGCUUCCUAAUCAGCCUGAAGCUAAACACCAAGCAAAGAAGCUUGGAUGGAUUCGGAUCUUCCUCGAAAUUUGACAACAAAUCUACUUGAGUCUGAGAGCACAAAAUGGGAUACUAUAUGAUGUUAGUACUUGGCUAUCAUGCUUUUUCCCUGCAUAUGAUUGAGUUAACAGCAUUUAUUUGCUAAGCAACGGACCAAAGGACUGAACACCUGAUGCUAGGGCCGCUACAGAUCUUCAAUUUGAUGAAUUCCCUAAUUGUAAACAUUUCUCAGUGUAUUUGCAGCACUUCAGAAGGAAGUGGCCCUAUUCACCGUCUUACCCGCCUCUGGUUUUCUUUUCCUUUUGCUCUAUACUCCUUUUAUGAUGUCUGUAUGUAUUACUAUAUUUAGUAUUUACUCUGUUUCUUUACCUUGUGAAUUAUCUUUGGAUUAUUAUGUUCUUUUUUGGUUCAUUAUGAUGUUACUUGGUUCUUCCCACUUGUUUA